AUGCCUCGCACCAGUGAGAUGCCUCGCAGCAGUGAGGAGAUGCCUCGCACCAGUGAGAUGCCUCGCAGCAGUGAGGAGAUGCCUCGCACCAGUGAGAUGCCUCGCAGCAGUGAGGAGAUGCCUCGCACCAGUGUGGAGAUGCCUCGCACCAGUGAGAUGCCUCGCACCAGUGAGGAGAUGCCUCGCACCAGUGAGGAGAUGCCUCGCACGAGUGAGGAGAUGCGUCGCACCAGUGAGAUGCCUCGCAGCAGUGAGAUGCCUCGCAGCAGUGAGGAGAUGCCUCGCACCAGUGAGGAGAUGCCUCGCACCAGUGAGGAGAUGCCUCGCACCAGUGAGGAGAUGCCUCGCACCAGUGAGGAGAUGCCUCGCACCAGUGAGGAGAUGCCUCGCACCAGUGAGGAGAUGCCUCGCAGUGAGACCAGUGAGGAGAUGCCUGGCACCAGUGUGGAGAUGCCUGGCACCAGUGAGGAGAUGCCUCGCACCAGUGAGGAGAUGCCUGGCACCAGUGUGGAGAUGCCUGGCACCAGUGAGGAGAUGCCUCGCACCAGUGAGGAGAUGCCUCGCACCAGUGAGGAGAUGCCUCGCACCAGUGAGGAGAUGCCUGGCACCAGUGUGGAGAUGCCUGGCACCAGUGAGGAGAUGCCUCGCACCAGUGAGGAGAUGCCUCGCACCAGUGAGGAGAUGCCUCGCACCAGUGAGGAGAUGCCUCGCACCAGUGAGGAGAUGCCUCGCACCAGUGAGAUGCCUCGCACCAGUGAGAUGCCUCGCACCAGUGAGGAGAUGCCUCGCACCAGUGAGGAGAUGCCUCGCACCAGUGAGGAGAGGCCUCGCACCAGUGAGGAGAUGCCUGGCACCAGUGAGGAGAUGCCUCGCACCAGUGAGGAGAUGCCUGGCACCAGUGAGGAGAUGCCUCGCACCAGUGAGGAGAUGCCUCGCACCAGUGAGGAGAUGCCUGGCACCAGUGAGGAGAUGCCUCGCACCAGUGAGGAGAUGCCUCGCACCAGUGAGGAGAUGCCUCGCACCAGUGAGGAGAUGCCUCGCACCAGUGAGGAGAUGCCUCGCACCAGUGAGGAGAUGCCUCGCACCAGUGAGGAGAUGCCUCGCACCAGUGAGGAGAUGCCUCGCACCAGUGAGGAGAUGCCUCGCACCAGUGAGGAGAUGCCUGGCACCAGUGAGGAGAUGCCUCGCACCAGUGAGGAGAUGCCUCGCACCAGUGAGGAGAUGCCUCGCACCAGUGAGGAGAUGCCUCGCACCAGUGAGGAGAUGCCUCGCACCAGUGAGGAGAUGCCUCGCACCAGUGAGGAGAUGCCUCGCACCAGUGAGGAGAUGCCUCGCACCAGUGAGGAGAUGCCUCGCACCAGUGAGGAGAUGCCUCGCACCAGUGAGGAGAUGCCUCGCACCAGUGAGGAGAUGCCUCGCACCAGUGAGGAGAUGCCUCGCACCAGUGAGGAGAUGCCUCGCACCAGUGAGGAGAUGCCUCGCACCAGUGAGGAGAUGCCUCGCACCAGUGAGGAGAUGCCUCGCACCAGUGAGGAGAUGCCUCGCACCAGUGAGGAGAUGCCUCGCACCAGUGAGGAGAUGCCUCGCACCAGUGAGGAGAGCCUCGCACCAGUGAGAGAUGCCUCGCACCAGUGA